UCCAGGUCCACAAAAUAAUCUCUUGGCAGGCGCUUUUCUGCGCAGUUAAAAAUAAACUUCCUCGGCAGUCCUAGAACGCCAUUUGGCGCAGAGAACUUCUUGGAGCUGGUGCGCCACUACUUUGCUCUCUUGGUAAAAAUGUUCGGCAACCAAUUUUUAGGCCCGACGGAUCUCAUCCAUGCGCAUACGUACACCACUCUGGAGGAUCUUUCCAUAAAAGAAGGUUGGUGUGCACUUCACCGAAUCACAUUUCUUGAGACGCCAGCCAAAGGCCACCAACAUCUGGACAUCGGUUGUGGACCGGGAACAUUCACGAGAGAUUUCCUCGUACCUCGCUCCACACCCUGCGCGAAGUUAGUUGCCAUCGACCGAUCGCCGCUGAUGAUCGAUUUCGCUAAGCGCUACAGGAGCCACGACAGCGUCGCGUUUGACGUGUUCGACUUUGGUGGCCAAGACGUGCAACAACUGAUUGGCAAGUACGGCCGCUUCGACCGCAUAUACUCAUUUCUCUGGUUCCAUUUCGUCAAGGAUCAGCGGAAAGCCUACGCGGACCUGGCCAAGUUGCUGGCGCCCACUUCAGGGGAGUGCCUGGUAUUCUCUUCCGUUUGGAACAUUUUCACGGAUGUCUGGAUGCAAGUGCACUUGAUGGAAAGAUGGCGGCGAGUGAUUCCUGACCCAAGACCGCUGUUUUCACUCCAGUACAAGUUCGACUUCGACGGCCAACUCGACAAAACAGAAGCCGAGGUGCGAGCGCUCGUCGCCGAAGCUGGCCUGGAAACUGUCGCAUGUCACGUCUUUCAAAGCGAAUGGCCGUUUCCGACAGUGGAAGUGUUCGUCGGCCUGAUUUUUGAAGCAUUUGGAUUCUACGAGGCCAUUCCGGAGGACGACAUUGAAGCUGUCAAGAAAGACUGGGUUCGGUUAGUACAGAGUGCCGCUACAACCAAGCCAAAUAGAUUUGCCGCCACGGCUGCCUUCUAUUGCGUCCACGCAAGAGCACGUACAUGAGAUAGGCGGAGUAAAUAAAGCCACUGCCUUAAGGCAUAUGUAAGGCACCGCAAGAUUCUUGAUUUAUUUUGCUAUCUAUGCUUCUGUGCUUCUUACGAUAGUUUUGAUUUAAACCACUCUGGUUCAGUAUUUCUUGUAAAGGUCAAUUAUUUGCGAAAAAAAGAUGUCCGCCAGAUAUAGAAAGUCGACAUCUGGACUAAUGUAAGGCAUUUUACCAUCGACAACUCUAACCGCGCACUUUUCAGCUGAGUGAGGAUGGUAAGCAAGGUUCUUGUUAACAUUUCUCAAAUGUCCAUGCGUCACAACAAGCCGAGGUUACGGCUGGUAUAAUUUAACGGCACUAUUGUUGUGCUUUUCUUUAGUGCGCGUCAGUUGUCCGAGCGGCACUGAAUAUGCGCAGGUUAUCAAUGACCGCAGCCUGCUAUGAACGGUGUGCAAUAGGAAUGAAAGAGAAUCAAGCGAAAGGAAUUCAUGCAGUUCACCAGCCAAGAUCAACGAGUCAGUUUUUGUAGCCUGCAGCUUAGCGCGUGUCACCUUUGGUGGCACAAAAACGAUCUUCAAAUAAUAUGUGACUGUAUAUCACUGCUAUG